AUGAUAUCUACCGCCUCUAUUAUUUUCCUGUUUCUGCCCUUGGUCAUUUCCGCUCCAGCUUUUCCGCCGUCUGCUGAGUUACUCCAAGGGAAAGUCAACGAAAAUAUCACCUUGAUUGCUGGUGGAGGCACGCCAAAUGUUUCCGAAGCUGGAUUAUCGGGGUUUACACCAGCUGGCAUUACCGGCCUACAGCUACUUGCUACCUUGGAGAACAUCGAGGCGUUCUUCUACUCAGAUGCCAUCCACAACCUGACGAACGGAAUUUUUACUACUGAGCCCUCGAUAUUCGAUGAUGUGGUGGAUGUGAUUUCAAAGAUUGCUGCUCAAGAAGAAGUCCACGUUGCAACAGUUUCUGGAGUCCUUCUCGAAAGCUCUGCUCCCGUCAUCCCACCAUGCAACUACACUUUCCCAUCCACAACCUUUGAAGAAUUCCUCGCUGUCGCAAAUCUUCUAACCUCCGCCAACCUUGGGAGCGUCAUAGGUGCCCAGGAGCAAUUAGGUACCUCUAACCCUUCGAUCGGUCCAUCAACAACCGCAAUCCUAGGAGCCGAGACACGUCACGACGCAUUUUUGCGGAUCCUUCACGGACUUGUCCCAAACCCAGCUCCGUUCGACACGGCUAUUCCUAUAGCAUGGGCUUACAACAUUGGACUUUCUUUCAUUGUUCCAGGAAGCUGCCCUGUUGAGGUCGCUCUGCCGACGUAUCCUGCGCUGAAAGAAGACCCAACGCUCCCUUGGGCAUUUGCAAAUGCAACAUACCCUGAGACAAUGUCGUUUAGCUGGGACAAUCAACAAGUAUGGGUGGUUAGAGAAACAGGAAAGCAGCUGUAUGCUGCUUGGCUUAAUCAGUUCAACCAACCAGUUUAUACACCGGUCACCAAGCUCGGAGCUGGCUCAGGCAUUGCAGCAGUUCCGAAGGGGAUGAAUGGUGUUGCAUAUGUGGCGCUCACUACGCAACAGCCAGCUACCUUUGACGACCUGCAGACUGCAACUUUGGUUGGACCGCUUGCAGUUGCUGUAACAUGA